AUGCCCUCACCACCCCCUUCAGUCCCCCUCUCGGCCCCAGACGCGCCCGUCCCCUUCUUCAAACGCGCCCCCAAGUCCAAAUCAAUCCGGAAACGGCCCGCCACGCCCCCCUCCGACGACUCGUCCGACUACAGCUCCUCCGACGAAACAAAACCCAUCAAGAAGCGGCGCAACCUCAACCAAAAGUCCAACGCCGUCACCACCACCUCCGUCUCCAAGCCCAGCAGCACCUCCACAGACUCCGCCCCCGUCGCCCGCACCUAUGCCCCCGAUGCGUCGCGCACACUAACCUCUGCCAACGACGCCACGGCCACAAACUGGCACAACGAGAUCACCGGCUACACCUCGCCGCCGCGGAAGCCGCUCGACAGCAGCACCUCCGCCGUCAGCGACGAGCCGCCCGUCGCGGACGGGACCUACAAGGGCGCAUCCAGCUACGGGAACUUCAUCAAGAAGUCCAAGGACGCGCCCGCGCGCACCGUGGGGCCCAUGAAGGCGCCGAGCAACAUCCGCUCCAUCACGGUGACCGACUAUGCGCCCGACGUGUGCAAGGACUACAAACAGACCGGCUUCUGCGGUUUCGGCGACACGUGUAAGUUCCUGCACGCGCGUGAGGACUAUGCGCAGGGCUGGAAGCUGGAUAGGGAUUGGGAGAUCCAGCAGAAGUCUGGCGGGAAGGCGAAGAAGCAGGAGGAUGCCGAGGACGAUGAUGAGUGGAAGGAGCUGAAGGACAUUCCCUUUGCCUGCGUCAUCUGUAAGAAGGACUACAAGGAGCCGAUUGUAACGAAAUGCUCGCACUACUUUUGCGAGAGCUGCGCAAUCGGACGGUAUAGGAAGAACCCCGGGUGCGCAAUCUGCGGCAAGCGGACAGACGGCGUCUUCAAUGUUGCGAAGGGCCUCCGGAAAAAGCUACAGCGAAAAAAAGAGAGGGAAGACGAGAAGAAGAAGGAAGAGGAGGAGGCGAACAAAGACAAAUAA